ACUCGAAAGCGGCUGCUGUUGUUGCAGAGACUCGCAUUACCUCACUGUCACUUGUGCACAGUGGCCCUCCUCAGCCGAGAACGACGGAGCGCAGGGUUGAAUUAGAGCCCCCAUCCUGCCUUUCCCUGAGAGCCGGUUUAUCGACAUUUGCUCCUUUCGCUUGCUGUGCGCAGCGCGUCCUUCCCCUUCCGGGACUGUCGCCGUUCCCGGACCUGCCGUUUUGGACCGGUAACUACUUUUUUUGCGCGAUCUCCACGGCAGCUUGGGAAUGUGGUAGCCUCCUCCAGUGAGCUCGCCUUGCUUCAGCAACUCUGGGGUCUCCGUAAUGUUCCUAGGGGGGCGUUGCUAGGAAUUCCACCUCGUGUCAGUGGAAGGCACCAACGCAAAAACACCUGCCGGCGCCAAAGCAGCCACCAUACAGGUGUAUUUUUAUAAAUUGCUCUCAAGAGGCUCCGGAGCAGUAAGGACACUGUUCGUGACUUUAAAUUGCCCUGCUCUGUGAGGGUACAAGUGAAGAACCGCUAGUCUGAUUCCGGGAAUAAACUCUGUAACUGCACAAAGAUGACUAAGUAAGAGAAUGUCCUCUGGCUACUGUCUCAUUUUGGUGAGCAGAUUAGGAGCAUGCUGGUUGGGGAAUUCUGGGAAUUGAAUUCGACACAUCUUAAACUUCCCAAGGUUGAGAAACACUGCUUUAAGGAAGAAGCUUUUGUUUUUCUCCUUUUUAUGAAGUCAUUGUAACACUGCAUGGAAACACCCUGAGUCUGCUCAUAGACAUGCUUUAGAGAUUACAAGAACGUGUAGAAUAGCCACCAUGGGCCCCACUCAACUUGUCACACAGAAUCAUGGGAAGAAGACGAAUGUUUUUAACAUGGAGGAAAAAGUAUUUGCACUUUUCCAGAAUUCAGAGAUUCCCUCUGAACCUAUAGAAAAUCCUCCCCUGAAAAGGAAGAAGGGGCCAGCCCCCAAGAUGCUAGGAAAUGAGGUGUGCAGUGUAUGUGGGGACAAAGCCUCCGGCUUCCAUUACAAUGUCCUGAGUUGCGAGGGCUGCAAAGGUUUUUUCCGACGCAGUGUGAUCAAAGGGGCCCAAUAUAUCUGCAAGAACAGUGGCAGAUGUGAGAUGGAUACGUACAUGCGCCGGAAAUGUCAGGAGUGUCGGUUACGCAAGUGCUAUGAAGCAGGCAUGCGAGAGCAAUGUGUUCUCUCUGAAGAACAAAUCCAGCUGAAGAAACUUAAGAAGCAGGAAGAUGAUCAAGCCCGGAUGAUAGCUGUGCGUCAGAACCCACCAUCUUCUCCAAGCACCCCUCCCAAAAUGACACCAGAGCAGCUUGUUAUGAUAGAAAAACUUGUUGCAGCUCAACAGCAAUGUAAUCAACGGUCUUUCACAGAUAGGCUCAAAGUGACGCCGUGGCCUCAGAUUUCAGAUCCUCUUCACCGUGAAGCACGACAACAGCGCUUUGCUCAUUUCACAGAGCUUGCCAUCAUUUCCGUACAGGAAAUUGUGGACUUUGCCAAACAGUUGCCAGGUUUCUUGGAACUCACUAGAGAAGACCAAAUUGCUCUUCUAAAGACUUCUACCAUAGAAGUGAUGCUGUUGGAGACCUCUAGGCGCUACAAUCCAGAUACUGAAAGCAUAACUUUUUUGAAAGAUUUGAGUUACAAUCGGGAUGAUUUUUCCAAGGCUGGCCUACAAAUUGAGUUUAUUAAUCCCAUCUUUGGAUUUUCAAAGAGAAUGAAUGAACUGCAUCUCAAUGAUGCUGAGUAUGCACUUUUAAUUGCCAUCAGCAUUUUUUCUGCAGAUCGGCCAAAUGUUCAAGAUCAAACUCUGGUAGAAAAGUUGCAGCAUACCUAUGUAGAAGCCCUUCACUCAUAUAUAUGUAUUCAUAGGCCAAACGACCAUCUAAUGUUCCCACGGAUGUUAAUGAAACUGGUCAGCCUUCGGACUUUAAGUAGUGUUCAUUCUGAACAAGUGUUUGCUCUUCGGCUACAGGACAAAAAGCUACCACCACUUCUUUCAGAGAUCUGGGAUGUCAAUGAAUGAGUAUACUAUCUAAGGACAGUGAGCGAUUACACUGAUUAUCUUUUGCCAAUAAAAACUAUUCUCCUUUAUCAAAAGCAUUGAAGCAAUGCAGAAGACUGUGAUUUCUUUGUUCUGAUGAAAUAUAUACAGUAUAUAAAAAACAAAUGAGAAGGAUGUUUUAUUCACUAUUUUCCAAAAAUGGAACUGAAGCACUUAACACGGAAGAGUAAAAGAAUGCCCCCUAAUAAUUUUGGAGGUGGUUUUUCUUUAACCCUUCUUUCAUAUUUAAUUUCAAGGCCACCAUCCAGACAUCUAGAAUCUUCUUGGGAAUUUUAGAGGCAAGCUUCCUUAUGUAUCUUUUCUUUUUUGAGCCCCUAGAUAGUAUGUAGCUAAAAUAUGUUAACUUUCAAAACAAUUAAUAGAGAGCUGGAUAGACUGUAUGUAGUUUAGGUGCCUUUUUGGGGACUUUUCAGAAGCACCACUUUGGAUGUAGCUAUAAUCUCUUAGGACCUUUUGUAAUAUUUCUGUUCUCCAUCCCCUGAUCAGAAAUACAGCCAUUACUGAUAUAUACUGAUACAAUAGCAAAGAAGACAUAAUUUUUAUUAAAUGAAACUUCUUUGAAUAUGAAGAUGUGCAUCAUACAUCCAUAUAAUCUAGAUGAUUGUCGCUCAAUAUGUUUUUACAUAGUACAAAAUAUACUAUAUUGGAUUAUUACAUAAUUACAUAUAAGAUUACCACCUUUUUCUUUUAUUCAUCUGUGCAUUAAAAGACAAAUCUAAAUAAUGGUCAAUUAUGGUUAAACAUUUUCUUAUCUCCCCUCUACUAGUUCUUUACUUCAAAUUUCCCCCUUCUCUGACAAAACAUUUAGGUGGAAAUACAGAUUGGUAUCUGCUGUAAAUCACUUUGCCAGAAAUGAUGAUGCAUGCAUCAUGAUGCAGUCCUGGCCUUUCAUAAUUAGUCCUAAUGUUGGAUAGUACUUAAAUCGUAUGUUUUGCAUCAUAUCAUGAUGCACCUAUCAAUUGCCUCCCUGGAUGGAUGCCUAUAGUGGGAAAUUUCUUAAAUGCUGCCUUUGGAUAACUUCAGGAAGGAAAAGAACACAGUUUAUGUAUAUGAUUCAAUUUUUUUGUGUACUGAGGAUGUGAAGGCCAAGCUUAUAUCCUUCCAUCUUUAAUUAAACAUGUUCAAUUAUUUCAUGAUGGCCCAUAUACUCACCAAGAGUUUAGUGUUUACAGCCUAAACCUCAGGAAUGUGUGGAAUUUAACUUAUUGAUGCAAAUGGAUUUAGGCAUAAAUAUAUUUUCCUAGAAAUAGAUGCUAAUGGAAUAAAUAACUUGAAAAGUAUACACCAACACUUGCCAGGAUAUCUGAUACCAGAAAUUAUAUCUGACAUUUAUUGGUACACUACUAGUGCUUGCUUCUUUCAGCAUUUAAACUGGCUUUCUCUGGAGAUGUGUUAGAAUUUAGGCCCUUGAACUAGUACAAUUACUAUGUAGCGUGCCAUAUCUGUGGUGUCAGCUUUAUGACUAUUUUGCACAUGAAUUACUCUGUUUGUAUUGGCCUUAACCUGAGGAAGCACAUAUAUAACAUAUUACCAUGUUGUAAUAACCCUUUGCAAUUACAGAACUUCUUGCGUUUAAUCCCACAUUUCUAAUCAGCACUUCUCAAAAAUGUAAUUUUAUGUAAAAGAAUAAAAUCUAAUAAGAAAAAAAACUGUCUGGUACUUAAUGCACCCACAUUUAUUCUUCUGCUGAAAAUGCACAUAUGAACUUAACAUUCAUCAAGAUUUACGAAUGGUCAGAAAUUAGUUUUUUAAAAAAAGACUUACUAAUGGACAGAAAUGCAAUCUUUCCCCAUUUUUUAAAAAAUAUGUGUUGUAACUUAAGAUCUUAAUCACAUAACUCUGUUAAAGUGGCUUAUUUUCAAAAGAACGAUACCUCGAAAUUUGGCAGUGAGAAACAGUCCUCCUUCGGCGCGUAGUGUCCUAUUUGUACCCUAUGACUAUCAUUAAGUGUUGUACCUUGAUGAAGGUAUCUUUUCUUUUAUGUACACUGAGAGCAUAUGCAGCAAGACAAAUUCCUUGUGUGUCCAAUCACACUUGGCCAAUAAAAAAUUCAAUUCAAUUCAAUUCUAUUCUAUUUGCAAUAGUGAGUGUCCUAUUCUGCGCUAGGAUUUGGCCUUUCUGAAUUUUAUACCGCAAUUGGGAGUACAGGGAGGCAGGUAUUUUAUUA